UCUCUAUCUCUGGCACUGACCAACCAUCUCUCCAGGGCUAAGGAGGAGAAGAGACAGACUGCAAGUGAUUGACAGACAGAAGGACAGACAGACAGAGUGACUGGUCCUCGGUGGGGACCUGGAAAAGUUGAGGACAUUUCUGGAGUGGAUGACGGCUGAGAGAGAGUGAGGGGUCCUGUUUAAAGGUCGGCUGAGACAGCAGUGUUUCCAUGGCUCUGGAUGGUUUCAACAAUCUCCUCCACAAACUGAGGGAGUCCCAUGACCGAGAGGUCCAAAAAUGGCAAGAGAAAUUGCAGGAGCUAACCAAUAAAAAGGGCUGUGAUACAAAGAGAAUGGAGGAGCUGUUCAACAGGAACCAACAGCUGAGAGAACAGCAGAGGUUACUCACAGACAACAUCAAACAGCUGGAAAACAGGUUGAGGGCGGGGCUGUGUGACAGGUGUACUGUGACUCAGGAUGUGGCCAAGCGCCGGCAGCAGGAGUAUGAGACCUCUCAGAUCCAGAGCCUACAGCACAUCUCCAUCCUGGCUGGAGAGAUGAACACGAUGAAAAAGGAGAACCAAAGGCUGCGAGAAGAAGUCAAGCAUCUGAGAGCGGCACUAGAAGGUCAGAGUGGACAUUCCUCCUCCCAAGAUGCAACUCCAGAGGUCAGACAAUCGACUGACCUUUCACCUUCUGCUAUGCCACACAUCCUCACAGCCAUCAGGUCUAUUAAGCAGCCACCAGAGGGCGCCACUGCAGGGCUGUCCAUAGUGAAGACUGAGACAGACCACAGUCUCUCUUUUAGAGUUGACGAGACACUACCUGAACGCAGAGAUGUGAGGGGAUUGAAUGGGAAACAAUCCUAUGAAUCCCAUAAGCCCCUAUCCAUGUCCACUCCCAUCCCACAAGCAUUGAGGCCAGAGCACAUUACAGCCAGAGGCAACACUGGGCAGAAGAGAGACCAUAGCGUGGAGAUGGUUGGUCAGCAGCGCUCCCCUGUCGUUCCCACCAUUCCACACCCCCUACUUAUCCAGAAAGACAGGCCUCUCCCCUCUUCAUCCUCCUUCUCAUCCUCCUUCUCCACCUCUUCCUCUCUACCUGGAGAUGAGAAGCACAGUCGUCACCUGGUUCAUGCUCCGGUCCCUUACUGGCCGCGCCCCAUCAAAAGUGCCCGUCUCUCCCUCCCCUGGCCCCUGCCGGAGCACUCCGACUGGGUCACCGUGGCCACCUCUGUGGACGACGGCUUGGUGUCCCAAUCCAAACAUAACCCUAACCUACCACGCUUCCCCAAUCUACAGACCUACGUCCAGCAGAACAGCAGCCUUGGGAAGGCCUGGCUCAAGCCCAGCCACCCUCCCCAGGCCAGCCUGACCAGGAGUCUGUCCACCGAGUACGGGGAGAGACCAACAGCAUGGAUACAGGAGCGUGACAGGCGGGUGGCGCCACACUCGGGGAGGGAGGCGGUGGUGCAGACAGAGAUGGUGUUUGGGGAGAAUCUGAAAGAGGCUGACUCUCCUCUGGACCUGUCUGAUCCUGGGAGAUGCAAAAGCAUUAAGUCACCACAGGACAGCAAGGCCAGCCCCACGCUACAGGACAUGUACAUAGAAGGGGAGACAUCUAACCAGACCACCAGGACAGACUCCUCGCCACAGAGCCAGGCCUGUCCCCCCUCUUCCUCAUCCUCCUCUUCCUCCACACCUGCUCUUCCUUCAUCCUCCUCUUCUACACGUCCCACCAGCCAACAGAGGCAAAGCCCCAACAACCACAACCUUAAGGAGGAAGAGCAGCCAGAGAAGGAGGAAGCUGAGGGGAAAGUAGAUCAAAAGACAGGAAAGGACUCUGAGGACAGGAAAGUCCCUGUUCUGACCAUCUCAUUGCGCCCAGUGGUGCUCCUUGAGGCUCUGAAUUCUGGAUUGCAGAAGCAACUUUUCUCCAACGGCAAGUCAGGGAGCAGAUCAGACCACCAGGAAGUGGAAGGCAGUCUGUCUGAGUCAGAGAGCAGCCAGAGAUCCAAGAGGACUGGGCUGGACACAGACACAGAGGUUCGAUGUAAGAAAGAGGAACAAGGCAUUGUGGUCCCCAGAAGAACCUCUCUCAGCUGUGUUCCACCCUGACUGCAACGGAGAUGACGCCCUCACGGGGACUGGAACAGAGGGGAAGCCAGUGUCAAAGACUUGGACAGAACGUCCUCCGUCUGACUGUUGUCCUCAUGGUUCUAGCUAGUGGGCUUUAUUAAUUUCAAUGGAAUAACCUUGAUAGUGACUAACUAGAUAAUAGCAUUGUGAUAAAUAUUGAAUCCUCCUCCAACUGAUAAAGAAUGUCUUUCACACUGACUUCCUGAUGCUGUUGGCCACACAGGGGAGUAAUACUGAUGCUGUUGGCCACACAGGGGAGUAAUACUGAUGCUGUUGGCCACACAGGGGAGUAAUACUGCUGCUGUUCCUACUUUAUCUAUCUCUCUCUCUCUCUCUCUCUCUCUGUCUGUCUCUCUCUCUCUCUCUCUAUCUCUGUCUCUCAGUCUCUCUCUCUAUCUAUCUCUCUCUCUCUCUCUCUAUCUCUCUCUCUCUCUCUCUCUCUCUUUCAGUCUCUCUCUCUCUCUCUUUCUCUCUCUCUCUCUGUCUCUCUCUCUCUCUUUCUCUUUCUCUCUCUCCCUCUCUCUCUCUCUCUCCCUCUCUCUCUCUCUGUCUCUCCCGCUCUCUCUCUCAAUUCAAUUCAAUGGGCUUUAUUGGCAUGGGAAACAUAUGUUAACAUUGCCAAAGCAAGUAGGGGAGAAAAUAUACAAACAUUCUCUCUCUCGCUCUCUCUCUCUCUCUCCCUCUCUCUUUAUCUCUCUCUCAGUCUCUUUAACCCCCAUCUAGACUUCUUUCUCACAGGCUCAUCUAACAUACUCAUAAAUGUCUCCUUCCUGGCAGAGCUGUCUCUUCCAUCUGGCUAUUUUUGUUACAACCCCCCCCCCCCCCACUCACCCAAAUGAGCCCGCCCCAAAAAACAAAUAUAACAACAAAAAAAUGUUCUUCUUCUUCUUUUUGGUUUUCAGAAAACACAUGUUGCAAGUCUUAACUUUCCACUUGCAGCUGCUGCACACUGUGUGUUAAUGUGGUGGUGUAAUGUAAGGGGGGAGGAGGGGGGGGGGGGGGUGAAAAGGGGAACAACACUGGUAGCUUUUGAGGCCAUUAUUAACUCUCUCAUUGAUCUCUGCUGUUUCACUAAUGUUAUCCAAGUCGAUUGUAUUCAUGGUCAGUGGACAACGUGUUAGUGCAGAGGAGUGUUUCAGAGUGCUAUUCUCUACCAUGUUUCACUCUGUGUAAAAAUCUGAUCAAUUUAUGACUUUGAAAAUAUUUUAUGCUUAUCCGAAGGUGUGGUUAACUUUUCUUUUUAUAAUGAAGGUUAAGAAACUUCAACCGUUUAAACACUUGUGUGUUAAACACUUAUGAAAUAAAUACUGAA